AUGACAAUAAAAAUUAAAACACAGCCGAAAAAGCGCCUGAAAAAUCUCGUUCAGCUGCACAAGGAUUUCGCCACAAGCUUAAAAGUGCAAACUAAAUUAUUUUUCGAACACUCGACUCUCCACGGAGUUCGAUAUAUUGCCGAAAAUGGGAGACCCUUCCUGGAAAAGUUCAUGUGGUUUUCUUGUGUUGCUAUUGGGGCUGUGGCUACAGCUGUGAUUAUCGUAAGUCUCUGGGAUAAAUUCCAGACUAAUCCCACGAUAACUGGGUUAGACACGGAUUUUCAUAACUGGAAGGUACCGUUUCCGGCCAUCACGGUAUGUCAGGAAGUACCGUACAGUUUGUCGCGAAUAGAACAGUACUACGAAACGAAUUUUGCAAAUAAAUCAGAAUUUUCUGCAAAGUUUUUGGAGCGACUUACAACUUUGUCGUACGACAGUGUCGAAUCUUUCAGGCACGAAAUUCCAACAACUAGUGACAAUCGGGUGAAUUUUGACUUGAAACAAGUAGCUUUUGAGUUAAUGAAUCGAUGCCAGGAAAUUUUCGACAGCUGCGAAUUCAAGUCAUACGAGAUCGACUGUUGCAGCCACUUCUUUCCCGUUUUUACCGAAACCGGGUUCUGCUACACUUUCAAUUCUCGACACUACGAAAAAAAAAUUCCCUGGAACAACGAAAAUAUUCAACCUUUUCAUAUUCACUACAUCAAGGAAACCGACCCGAAGUGGUCCCUCAAGUUUAGCGUCAAGGGCGCGCUAAUUAACAUGCCUAUUUACAUCCUCAAUUCCGACGAGCUCGUGGGUUUAGAUACCCAACCCCAGCACGUAUGGGACUACAAAGUGAACAAAAUCGCUUUUUCGGUCAAACAAACUUACACAACUGAUGACACUAGACAGUUGUCUGUUAAACAAAGACACUGUGUUUUUCCGGACGAAACGAAGUUACAGAUCGACGAUAUUUAUACCAUCACUGGGUGCAAUAGUCAGUGCAGGAUGGACAACUCCAUGCGACUUUGUAAAUGUAUUCCACAUUUUUACCCACAGAUGGGACAGUAUCGACACUGCACGGUCGAGCAAUGGGUGUGCAUCCACGACAACUUGAAAAGUAUCAAAAAUGUGGAUCACUGCGACUGCCAUUUGGGGUGCUUUAACACCGUCUACGAAGUGGAGAAGUUAUCAGAAAAGACUGGCGAUGGUGUUAACCAAAUGGAAGCACGAUUUGUUUCUUGGCCCAUGGUGCGCUACAAACGCGAGGUGUUGUUUGGCUGGGUUGACUUACUCGUGUCGUUUGGUGGCAUCGCGGGUCUUUUUUUGGGGUUCAGUUUGCUUUCUGGAGUCGAAAUUUUGUACUACUUUACAAUCAGAGCUUGUUGUAUGGUUGUGAAAGAACGACGCGAACUGGAGAAAAUUCGCUACGAAGAAAGUACGAAGAGACCCGAGGACUACGAUUUGAGUUUGCGACCGUAUUGUUGUUUUGACCCUUUUCCCGGAAACGGGAUCAAUGAAGUGGCAAAAGGGUACUACAAAGAAAAUUUGUACAACAACAAAGUGGCACCUUUGACUAAAACCAAGUGGAACCCAUCCGAAAAAAUCCUCCCCCCCUUUGGAAUAGAAUUUAUUAAUUAAUUUAUUAAGUCUGUCAC